UUUGUUGAGCAACGCAAGAUGGGAAAACUCUUGAAUAUUUGCGUGCUCGGUGGGACGCUCGACUGAAAGGCAAUAGUACUAAAGACUCCGCUAUAUACGGUUCUGCUGCUGUACUGCACUUCAUCUGUCCGUGGUCCUGAAACGGAGUGCGUCCUGCUCACAAGGGCGAUGAAAGACGCUGCUGUUCUGCAUUCUCAUCUUCACAACAGGCGGAGUACUUGAUUCGGGAAUGUUUUCGCCGCAGCUUUGUCUAAUGAGCAUCAAGCUAUGAUUGCGAAUAUGUUCUCUACUUUUUCUCAGUGAGUGCGCACCGAAAAGUUUGGAAGAUAAAACGUUUUUUAGUAUGGUAAACAUUUCACUUUCACUCAAUAGAUGGGGGAAUUACAUUUAGUUUAUCUGAGUUUUUUUCUCAUCUUAAAGUUGUAUCUUCAGGAUCUUGGGUCGACUGUCGAUUGUCAAUUACACGAUCUGCUGGAUAUGCAACAAGACCGAAUGGGUUUUUUAUCUUGCAGCAUUUGGAAGUUGAUUGAAAUUACUCUCACUGACGUGGACGACUGUUGCCGAUUGGCAACAAUAGAGGGAAACAUAAUUUCGUAAAUCCUUUUCUUCGAGGCUUUUUUCACAUAUCAACUUCCUUUGGUGUUGUUAUCUUUAUCGCUUGGAAAUAAGGGAUAAUCAUGUAUCAGACCAAUUUUUGUGUGCAUAUCACAUUGCUCACGCUGUUCGGAAGGCAUCGGUAGCCUACCGACAAUGGUCUGGAAUCUAACUGCUUUUGAGCACAACAAUAGCAAAUAAAGGGUGAUUAUAAUUCUACCUGGAGCCUGGUGGUUUUAUCCAAUGUUUCAUCUAGAAGUUGUUUGGUCCUGUAUUUAAUCGCUUCAACCGGGUUUGGAUCUCAGAUUCCGACUCCAACUAGUGGAACCGAACGUUUGAACGCGGAAUACCGCGGCAAAGGAUGGGCCCUCUCUUUCCAACGAUCUGCGUAGUCCUCCUCGCCCUCCACGCGACUGUGUCACCAGCCUCCCUCAGUCCCGAGGAUUACGCCGCGGACGAGGCAGAGCGAACUGCCAACAGUGACAACAUCAUUUUCGAUGACUACCGAGGGAAAGUUUGCGUGGACGACAGUGGGUUCGUUUACAAACUGGGUGAGCGUUUCUUCCCGGGACAUUCCAAUUGCCCGUGUGAGUGCACCGAGGAUGGGCCGGUGUGCGAUCAACCCGAGUGCCCAAAGAUACACCCUAAGUGCACAAAGGUGGAGCACAAUGGUUGCUGUCCGGAAUGCAAGGAGAUUAAAAACUUUUGUGAAUACCGUGGGAAAACGUAUAAGAUCCUUGAAGAAUUUAAGGGCUCCGCGUCUGAUGAGGAAGGGACCAGUCCACCCGUGGUGGCCCCCGCCAUCGCGCCCAUACUCCCCCCGGCCCUACCCCCAGCCUCUGCAACGCAGCUCCAAUCAAGAACCAGGAGGUAUAGGCCUUCGCCUUGUGAGUGGUGUCGCUGUGAACCAAAUAACGAGGUGCACUGUGUGGUGUCUGACUGUGCCGUCCCAGAGUGUGUCAAUCCGGUCUACGAGCCAGAACAAUGUUGUCCCAUCUGUAAAAAUGGUCCAAACUGCUUCGCCGGAACAACGAUCAUCCCAGCCGGCAUUGAAGUGAAGGUGGACGACUGCACCAUCUGCCGCUGUCACAACGGGGACUGGUGGAAGCCCGCUCAGUGCCUGCGCAGAGAGUGCCUCAAUGGCCAGACGUUGUCAUAGUAACCCUGGCGGGGGGACGGUGUUGGUGAUGUGCAGCCUGGGAGUGGUCUGGAAUGCUGCCGCAGCCGUGACAAACAAACAAAAUGCUCAUCUCGUGUGAUUGGUAUGAUGGACAGGAUUGGAGCACAAUUUCUUGGCGACACUGGCUAGGAGACGGCAUAACUAGCUGCGAUUUAAAGGUCUCACACCUAGUACCUACACCGCACCAGAACCACAACUUUGACCAUGAAGGUGCGGAGAGAGUGAGAGAGCAGGAGGAAGAACUUUUCUUGAGACUGUUUUUUCCUGUUUUGACUGUCUAACUAUAUAUAUUUUCUCAUGAGUACUUCUUGCUUACGCUGCUUAGCAACCCAAUUAUAUAUUUCAUUAACUCAUUUCCUCCUAACCAUUGACACUUUUACAAAUGCCUGUCGUAUUUGCUGCUCACUCAUAUGUUUUGAGAUCUAGAGGGUUGAACAGGACACAAGAACCAGAUGAACUGUAAGCACACAAUUCACUGCACUUUAAACAAAAGUCAGCUGGGGUUUAAAUCGAAAAUGUUACUCCGCUAUUACAUGAACAGUGAUCACUUCAGUGUAACACUCAGCUUUUAUGAUCUCUGUGUUAGUCAUUGAACUCAUUGCCAGUGAGUUCACUCCUUCUUGACUUUUUCCCUUUUUUUGACUGUCCUUGAGAUGCUAUCGGAGGCCAUUCUCAUCACAUAUAUCAAAUUAAUAAUACAUUAUUAACUGAUAAGUUAAUCAAAAAGUAGAAAAUGAACAAACAUUACAUCUUUUUUGGGCAGUUGAAGUAAAGUCCUAAGUUAGAAACCAGGAUAAACUAUAACGGGGUAAACUCACACAGCAUUAAUGCGCUACAUCGGCCAUUCCUCAUGGCUUAAUUGCGUUUAUUGUUUUCCCCCAUGGCCCAAACCAACAGAAAAUAUUCCUCAGAGCGAACAGCUUGAACUUGUUAUCCAAGCAAUUACCAAGUCAAGCAGCGGCCUGCUUUAAUUUCCCUUAAUCAAGCACUAUUCUGUGGUAAAUCAUAUGCCCGGGCCAGCAACAGCCAAGCAAACUCGGCAAGAACUCAGAGAGAGACAAAGGGAAAAUCUGCAUGUGUUGGUGCUUCAAAGCAGAGGAUCACAGAGACACACAUAAACACACAAACACGUAUGCAUGUGCAUACACACUCACAUACACUUUCAUCGUCUAUACGCCAAUACACACAGUUUGCCCAGGAAUACAUUUUCAGCUUGCAAAUGUUGAUCCACUGCAGCUCAAGAAAAAGCACUUAAGCCAAUAAGACUCUUGUUGAGAUACAAAGCUCCUCUCAAUAGAUUACACACUAGAUAUUCUGUUUUAUAACCUCCUAUAUAGAUCAGCAUAGGUCCACUAUGGCAGCCCAGCAUAUGGCCAGGGCUAUUUAGCUUUAGCUAAUGCAAUGCCUUGCUAAUGCAUUGAUUCUAAUAUGUUUAAGUGUCACAGCUCCAACCAGCUCCACACGACCGGUGUACUGUGCACUACCCACAUUCUAGGCUCUUUUCUUUUUGAGAUGAUAAAUACUGGUCGUUAAUUCAACUGUGAAUUUCCUACUAAGCCUCUGCAAUUUAUCACUGAUACUUUUUUUUUUUUUUUUAGGUGAGAAUCCCUUCCUGUUAACCUUUUAGAACAUAUUCCUCCUGUGUGAUGGAUGAACUACUUAAUAACGGCUUCCAGCUUUCGGUAAUGAGACAGAAAUGAACACAGGAGUGAGACCCCUGGGCCCUGACUAAAGAGGUGGAGGAAUAGAAUACCAGCCUGUGUCCCGAAUGACACCGUCAUUUCCCGUGUAGUGCACUGUGUUUGACCAAUGCCCGAGGGGAAAAGGCGGUGCACUGUAGGGAAUAGGUUCCCAUUUGGGACAUAACCCCCAAAUAUACAUUAACAAGCCUCUCCUCCGAAACCCAUCUUUGUCUGCACUGCAGCCACUGUACUGUAGUUUACCUCAUUAUUUUCUACUCAGCAGCCUGCAGUCUUAUUAUUAUUAUUGAAUUAUGGGGAAUUCAGUAGAUGAACGAAUGAGGGAAGGGGAAUUCAAUUCUGGUGUGCAUCAUUAUAGUCAGAGUUGCUCAGGUCAUUUUUGUAAUUACCUUGUCUCGUGAGGAAUGAGUCAUUCACAAAUUGAAGAGAUGUCAUUUAUCAACCCGGAAUAUAUGCACAUUUUGUAUUAUGCACAUCGACUUCACAGGUCCAUACACUGAGUCUCAUACAUGACAUCUUUCCACGUAGGUAUCACUCACACUCUUUAAUUAGGUCUGUCAUCUAAAUAUCUGUCCAAAUAUCAGGUAUUUACACUUCAGUGUCAUUGAUUUAUGUGACUGAAUAAACGGUAGAUUAUCCUUCGCUGCCAUGGUGUGUGGAACUUUCAAAAAUAAGACAAAGAAAGAGGGACAGAACCUUGGAAAAAGAAAGGAGUUACCGAAACAACAGAGGGCAAGUGAAAAGUGAUUCAGAAACAUGGCCACUACCAUUGUUGCUUCACUAACCAGCAUGUAUGUUUAAAUGACCAACCACAGCCACGACUGCAAAAAAACCUAACUGAAAACUCUAGAGCAAUGUCCAUUGUUUGCCUCGCUUCUGCUUAACAUAGAGUACUGUGCCAAAGUGUCAAAGGCACUUGAAAAUCAACCUAAGGUCAUUUAUUUGGGCAGUGUUUCAAUAUAUAUCUCAUAUACAUUUUUUCCAAAUAAACACUAUCCAAAUAAACAACUUUAGUUUGACCUUCAGUUGCCUAAGACUUUUGAACAGUACUGUAUAAUACAUGAAUACUCAAGAGUGAAUAAUUCGUAUCCUUUACAUACAGUACAGCAAGCCUAGAGUCCCUACUAGUUUCCACUACUGUACAGGAUAUGGCCAAGUGUUAGCAAGGACACAUCUGAACAAGUAUUUUACAGCCAGUUGGGUUCAAUGUACAGAGGGAUGCACAGAGACAUAUAUUGCAUAUAAUCAUGCAAAUGUAUACUUUAUACCUGUCUGUGGAGCUAGGGAUCCCUGAAAAGGUCACGGAUUUCCAGGUUGUUGAAAGACAACUUAUCUCCUUCGGGCUAAAGCAGUGGACACCCUCCGGUCAUGGAUCACAUUAAAAUAACCCCUCUCCUGUUGAUAUUGAUAACCUUUUAUUGUUAUACAUUCUCUUGAAUGAUAAUCACAACCUCGGUUUCGUGAACAGCUGCGGAAGAUCUCAUUGCUAAUAAAAACUGAAGCCAAUAAGUGCAAAGGCUAAGAGAGUGGUCUUAAAAUGUUUCGACCACGCAUUUCCCACCCAAAACAGGAUUCUAUAAGGAGCUUACAAGGUACUCUCAAACUCUUCAGACAAACUAUAGCAGUGUGCGGUAGAUUUUGUACCCAACACUAAGACCCCAGCUGGAGUUUCAAAUUAGAGCACGAGUUCUUUAUUUAUUUUGAAAAUUCGAGGGAGCAGAGCCGACCUGUUCAUUUUCUCUUCAUUCUGUAAUGGUCUGGUCUUUUGUGUGCCUGGCCCUGAAAGUCUAUCCUACUAGCCCUGCUCACUAACACACCUAACAACCCACUCCAGACACUGCUGGUCCGCUGCCCAUCAUACGGCUGUGAAGGUGUAUCAUACCACUGCUCUUUUUACAAGACACCGACUUACUGUAUCUGGAAGCUAUGAAAGAUUGUUCUACAGCUUUUUCUUUUUUUUUCUGUUACAUAAAGUGUGCCUGAAAAACCAACUGAGAGUACUAUCUAAUAAGAAGAGAAAACACUGUUAUUAAACAAUCAAACUGUGUUAUUAUAUGGGCACAAGGGGUUAGUCCUAAAGAUGACACAAAUAUGAACUUCUGAAAACACUCAUACCACAUCGAAUUAGAAACAGAAAAUAUUAGCAAAAAGAGGAUUUGGUUGGAUGAGACAACACUCCCCACUGCAGAACAGCUUUUAUGACAUAGUGGGUACAUCUAACCACACACUAGAUUUGAAUUCCAAAUAAAAAUGAAACAACCCCUUGUGUCCCUCAUGGUGUAAAGUAACUUGUAAAUACCUUGAAAACGUAUGUGUAUUCUGGAAAUCCGAGGCAGACGGGGGAAAAAAGUAUUAUUUAUGGAGACAAAAACUAUUUUGUUAAAUAGACUGAAGAAUAAGUGUUACUAUACAGCAACGUUGUGUGUCUUGAUUCCUUUCUUUCAUUGACACGUCUACUGUCCAGACAGAUAUAUGAAUCCUCACCUCUUAUUCCGACAAAGACUCUUACAUGCAAGAAAUCACCGACAACAGAUGAGUUGAGUGAACACAAUGCAGAUUCUACAAACAUGUACAAUACUUCACCGGGAUCUAUAAUGCCUGAGGCUCAUGGAAAUGCGGUACCAUGAAAAACACAACCUCUGCUUAAACAGGCUAUAGUCCACAUUUUUAUUCAUUACCAGGCUAAGCUGAGGUUCUCUCUGUCCACACCACUAAUUGCCCCCCCUCCACUUCCCACAUGGAGAGGAAGAGGGAAGCAAUUUAAUGCGGCACGCAGUAAUCAAUAGCAAUUAUGCCUAUCCCUCAGUAAUCCUACUGAGAGAGGCCUCCUGGAAGAGGGCCAAAAAAGACGGCUGCGUUCCAAAAGGCACAUUGUAUUCCCUAUGCAGUGUUUUACUUUGACCGGUGCUCAACAAUAACAGGCCCUGGUCAAACAUUAUACACAUUAUAGGGAACAGAGUCCCAUUUGGGAUACAGAUGCCUACUAAAUGCUAUACAGGACAAUCGCAGCUCAGCGCCAUAUAAUGCAGCAGCACACCUGGGUUCAAUUACUAUUUGAAACCUUUAAUAUGUUUGCGUUUGAAGGAAGUGUUUGCAUUUCAACCUUUCAUUACAUGAAAAUGUCCAUGAUAUACCUACAGUAGUGGUGGAUUUAUAGUGUUUCACCCCACAUCCCUCCACUGUUGGCAAAAAGAAACAAGACAGCAGACAGGGAAGCAAAAUCUAACAAGGUUGUGUCAUAUAAAUGUCUUAAUUACAAGAUGAAAGGUCUCAAAAUAGUUUUCAAAGCUAUUGUAUGUUGCUCAACAAAAAGCACUAGGUCUGAAUGCCUUGCUGUAACUCCACAAGGGAGCAAAUUAGGGAUAUCCCAUUGAACCAAACCUACCUUGAGCAUUGAAUAGGCAGGGUUUCCCCUUUUGGGAUGGUUUUAUUGUAUCCUUUAAGACAGACAGUCUCUAUCAAACGCAAAGUAAUUGCAAUGCUUUUGAACCCAGGUUAGUAAAUAAAGAGGGAUACGCUCUAGGCUGGUGGGUAAUG